AUUAAUAAAAUCGAAGAACAAAAUGAAGCAGAAACCUACCAUAUUGAAGAAGGAGAACAAGAUGAUGACCUCUUAUUCUACAACUCUUGGACUGAUAUUGUUUCUGACAAAAACCCUGCA